CCCGGCGGGUGGGGCCCCAGCCUGCGUUCCUCCCUCCCUACCGGUCCUCAUCCUUAAAGCACGAGUCCCCACGCCCCGCCUGUUGGAGAGGGCGCCGGGAUCCGCACUGCGAGCCGUGGGGGCAGGCCGGGGCCGACCGAACAGGGCCUCGGGCGACAGGGCUGCCGCGGCUGGCACGCGAGUGCCUCGGACCCGAACGAGUGUUUGCGGGAGCCGCGAGGGGAGGGGUCCCCGGCGCCAUUGCUAGUGACCGGAGCUCCGCCGGGCUCCAGUCUGCCCUCCGCUGUUCUCCUCCGACCGGGAGGGGCUGUGGUCAGUCCCGAGGCCGGGCUCGAGAAUCCGGUGCCUCGGCCGUCCGCCCGCAGCUUGGUCCGCCGCCUGUGCCGGGGGGUCCGGGCCGAGACCAUGUUUGACAAGACGCGGCUGCCSUACGUGGCCCUCGAUGUGUUGUGCGUGUUGCUGGCUGGAUUGCCUUUUGCAAUUCUUACUUCAAGGCAUACCCCCUUCCAACGAGGAAUGUUCUGUAAUGAUGAGUCCAUCAAGUACCCUUACAAAGAAGACACCAUACCUUAUGCGUUAUUAGGUGGAAUAAUCAUUCCAUUCAGUAUUGUUGUCAUGCUUAUUGGAGAAACUCUGUCUGUUUACUUUAAACUCUUGCACUCAAAUUCCUUUAUCAGGAAUAGUUACAUAGCCACUACUUACAAAGCCAUUGGAACCUUUUUAUUUGGUGCAGCUGCUAGUCAGUCCCUGACUGACAUUGCCAAGUAUUCAAUAGGAAGACUGCGACCUCACUUCUUGGAUGUUUGUGACCAUUUUAAGACCAAAUAUGGAUGUAGAUGUUGGGAGUACAGAGGUGGCAGUAUGGCUGAAUCCAGUGGGAACUCAGAUAUAAGGUUGUCCUUCUAUUCUGGCCACUCCUCGUUCUCCAUGUACUGCAUGCUGUUCCUGGCAAUUUAUCUUCAAGCCAGGAUGAAGGGAGAUUGGGCAAGACUCUUACGUCCCACACUGCAAUUUGGUCUUGUUGCUGUAUCCAUCUAUGUGGGCCUUUCUCGAGUUUCUGAUUACAAACACCACUGGAGUGAUGUGUUGACUGGACUCAUUCAAGGAGCGGUGGUUGCAAUAUUAGUUGCUGUAUAUGUAUCAGAUUUCUUCAAGGAGAGGAAUUCUCCUUUUAAAGAAAGAAAACAGGAGGACUCUCAUACAACUUUGAAUGAAACACCAACAGGAAAUCACUUUGGGAACAAUCACCAACCUUGAAGGGUAGCAGGUCACCCAGAUGAAGCUGGCCUACUUUCUAAAGGAAAAUGAUUGCAACCAGAAGGCACGAGGAUGCAUCUUUCUUCCCAGUGUACAGGCCUUUAAGGGACUGCUGCUACUGCUGCUAUACCUCUUCGAUGCCCACUUUAUCUGUGUAUAUAGUUCCAUUUAUCAAAAUGAUUACCCAAUAGCUC